CGUCCCGCCUCUUCCGUCUCGGAGUUGCUACGUUUCCUCUGCGCCGGAAGAAGAACCCGAAAACGCUUUUAGAAUUAUGGCGGCGGUGGAUAUCCGAGAUAAUCUGCUGGGGAUAUCUUGGGUUGACAGUUCCUGGAUCCCUAUUUUGAACAGUGGAAGUGUCCUGGAUUACUUUUCAGAAAGAAGUAAUCCUUUUUAUGACAGGACAUGUAAUAACGAAGUGGUCAAAAUGCAGAGGCUAACAUUAGAACACUUAAAUCAGAUGGUUGGAGUGGAAUACAUCCUUCUGCAUGCUCAAGAGCCCAUUCUUUUUAUCAUUCGGAAGCAACAGCGGCAGUCCCCUACCCAAGUUAUCCCACUGGCUGAUUACUAUAUCAUUGCUGGAGUGAUCUAUCAGGCACCAGAUUUGGGAUCAGUUAUAAACUCUAGAGUGCUUACUGCAGUGCAUGGUAUUCAGUCAGCUUUUGAUGAAGCUAUGUCAUAUUGUCGAUAUCAUCCUUCCAAAGGGUAUUGGUGGCACUUCAAAGAUCAUGAAGAGCAAGAUAAAAUCAAACCUAAAGUCAAAAGGAAAGAAGAACCAAGCUCUAUUUUCCAGAGACAACGUGUGGAUGCUUUACUGCUGGACCUUAGACAAAAAUUUCCACCCAAAUUUGUGCAGCAAAAGUCUGGAGAAAAGCCUGUCCCAGUGGAUCAAACAAAGAAAGAGGCAGAACCUAUACCAGAAACUGUAAAAUCUGAGGAAAAGGAGACCACAAAGAACAUCCAACAGACAGCGGGCACUAAAGGCCCCCCUGAAAAACGAAUGAGACUUCAGUGAGUAUCGGAGAAUGAGAGAAAAAUUUGCAAAGACUCCUCUUGUCCACAUUUUACCUCAUUACCGUGACAGGCUUGUGAACUUUAAAAUUCUUUGUCACAGUCAUUGUAUAGAGUGUGCUUGUUCUUUAAGAAAAAAAUGUAAGGAUCCUCAUGCUUUCAAUCUGAAUAUUUUUAAUAUAUCUUUUGUAACCUUUUCCCUACUGGACUCAAGCACCUUCCUCACUCACAUGUACUGCUAUGUAUGUUUAGAAACAAAAUAAAGGUCUUUGAAUAUAAACUACUUUAUGAUGAUUUUUCCCCCCUUAUUUUUCUCUCUGAAAUAUUUUCAGGUGCAUUUUGUGAACACAGAGGAUAAAGUUACAGUAGUAAUUAAUCUUAUUUUCUUUUAUUACUUACAUAUUCCUGAGUAUUAAAAUAGUAAAGUUACUGAAAAUUUGAAAGAUAAAAGGAAAAAACUUCACUCACCAGUACCACUACCCCACAAAUACUGUAACACUGUUAUGAAUUUUCAUGGUAUUCUUUUUCUGUAUGUAGAUGUUUUUUUAAAACCAUAGUUUAUAAUUAUUCUAUUUAUACAGUUUUACUUUAUCUUAUGUCUGUUGUAGGCACUAUUCUGUUUGCUUAGUUUUUAUAGACCAUUUAUUGACUGAAUAAUUCCUAUGAAUGAUUAUAUCUAUUUUCUUAAACUCUCUGUUUUUCCUGAUUGGCAUUAUUUAAAUAGUUGUAGUGAUUAUGUUAGUGUUAAUGACUUCAAGGUUUAGUAUUAUUUCCUUAGUAUAGAGUCCUAGCAGUAGAAUCACUAGAACCUGUGCUUUUUUUUUUUUUUUUCCUCUUAGUCCAUGGUUUAGUCUUAGCCAAGUUGUUUUCUCAAAAGUUUUGGACCUGUUAUUACUCUAACAGCAAAAUAUGAAAACACCAAGUUGUCUAGAAUCUUGCUAACACUGAGUACUAUCAUUUGCAUUUUUAUCAUUAAUUAACAAAAAGAUGAGGUUUCAUUAUUUAAAGUGGUUGAAUAAUUUCUCUUCUUUGUUUUUUGCUUUUAAGAAAUGUCUGAUUUUCUGUAUUGCGUAAGAUUAUUUUAGCUUUUUCUUAUUUUGACAUAAUUUCAGGCUUACAGAACAGUUGUCAAAAUAGUACAAAGAAUUCCUCCAUAUAUACUUUUUGCCCACAUUUUCCAUAUUUGUUUUAUCCUUCAAUUUCUGUCUCUCUCUCCCUAUCUCUAACUCUUGCUGUCAGUUGCUGUUUCUCUCUUUAUUUGUGUAUAAUACACAAAUAUAUACACCUUUUAUUUUGUUUUGGUUUUUUUUGGUCAUGCCUAUGGCAUGUGGAAGGUCCCAAACCAGGGAUCAAACCUGAGCCACAGCAGUGACAAUGCUGGAGGCCACCAGAGAACUUCCUACACCUUUUAUUUUGGAUUGUAAGUUGCAGUUUUGAUGCCUAUUUCCUCUAAGAAUUUUAUUGUGCACUUCUUAUAGUCAAAGACAUUCUCCUACAUAGCCUUAGUAUGGUUAUCAAAAUUAAACCGGUAUGAUACCAUUUCUAAUCUGUAGGUCCUACUCAUCUCUUGCUAAUUGUGCCAAGAAUGUCAUUUACAGCAAAAGUAUAUCCUAAAUUUUACAUUGGAUUUAGUUGUUUUGUUUCUUUAAUCUGCUUUAAUCUGGAACAGUUCUUUAAUCUUCCUUGUCUUUCAUGGCUUGGUAUUUACAAAGUUUUAAGCCAGUUAUUUUGUUGAAUGUCCCUUAGUUUGGGUUCGUUUGAUAUAUGUUCAUGACUGAAUUCACCUCAUGCACUUUUGUCAGGAACAUCAUGUAAAAGAUGCUCAUGGAGGCAUGCACAGUUGAUUUGUCCCAUUUCUGGUAAUGUUAACUUUGAUCACUUGGUUCAGGUAGGAUUUGUUAGGUUACUUCACUGUAAAGUUAGUAUUUUUCUUUUUGUAAUUUAUAGAUAUCUUUGAGGGAGAAAUAGUUGGAGGCUCUGGAAAUAUCCUGUUAUUCCUCAAAACUUUUACCCUCUAGUAGCAUCCAUUUGCUGGAUCAAAUGGUAGUUCUAUUUUGAGUUUUCUGAGGAAUCUCCAUACUGUUUUCUACAGUGGUUGCACCAAUUUACAUUCCCACCAACAGUGUAAUAGGGUUCCCUUUUCUCCACACCCUCUCCAGCGCUUGCUGUUUGUAGACUUGUUGAUGAUGGCCAUUCUGGCUGGUGUAAGGUGGUACCUCAUAGUGGUUUUGAUUUGCAUUUCUCUAAUGAUGAGUGAUGUUGGACAUCUUUUCAUGUGUUUUUUGGCCACCUGUAUGUCUUCUUUGGAGAAUUGUCUGUUUAGAUCUUCUGCCCAUUUUUUGAUUGGGUUUUUUGUUUUUUUGGUAUCGAGCGGUAGGAGGUGUUUAUAAAUUUUGGAGAUUAAUCCCUUGUCCGUUGAUUCACUUGCAAAGAUUUUGUCCCAUUCUGUGGGUUGUGUUUUUGUUUUGUUUAGGGUUUCCUUUGCUGUGCAGAAACUUUUAAGUUUAAUUAAGUCCCAUUUGUUUAUUGUUGUUUUUAGUGUCAAUGCUCUAAGAGGUGGAUCUGACAAGAUAUUGGUAUCGUUUAUAUAGGAGAGUCAUUUGGUUCUGUUUUAAAUUCGAUUUUAGUUUUCCUUCAUCAUUAUUUCCCCUUCUUAUACAAAAGACAACAUAUUAUGUAAACUUUUUCAUUUUACUUAUUUUCCACUUAUUUAGGGAUGACCUUUGGCAUGAAGGUAUUAACUCUAGUAUUUUUCAAUCUUUUUUUUCCCAGCAAAGUUCCCUUUUCUUUCACUUAACAUUAUUGUAAAAUAGCACUUAGAGAAAAGUAUGCAAAAUAGUAGUACAAUUCAUUGUACCUGUAUAACUUAAAGAAAUUGAACAUUGCCAAUACCUCAGGAGCUCCUUUAUGUCCCCUCCUAAUCAAUGCUUUUCCCUAUUAGAGGUCACAUUAUCCUCAGUUUCAUGGUAAUCACUUAUUUUCUUUACAUGUUUUCCAUAUAACCAUACAUCCCUAAAUAAAUGUUUAGUUUUGAUUGCCUAUUUUUUAUUUUUAAUAUGAAUAGGUUCAAUGUGUAUGUUUCAUGUAUGAUAACUUUUGUUCAAUAUGUUUGUGAUGUGUCAAAACUGUUUCAUGUUAUUUUAGUUCUUUUAUUUUUAUUUCUGUACAGUAUUCCAUUACAUAUAUAUAUUAUAACUUAAAAAAACCCAUUCUAAUGGUAAUGGAUAUUUGAAUUGUUUGUGGUUUGGGGCUGUUGUGAAAAAUUGGUUUUAUAUAUAUUUAUAGACCGAGUUUUGUCAUUACCACCACCCCCAGUAAUGUACGUUGAAGUCCUAAUUCCCAAUACCUCAGAAUGUGAUGUUAUUUGGAAAUAAAGUCAUUGCAGAUGUAAUUAAGAUGAGGUCAGCCUGGAGUAGGCUGAAGUCCCAGUCCAUUGUGACUGGUGUCCUUAUAAAAAGAAUGCCAUGUGAAGGGAGAAAUGGAGACAGCAUGUGGAGAGAGAGGAUUGGAGUGAUGCACCUACAGCCCUAGGAAUACCAACGACUGCCACCAAAUUAUCAGAAGCACAGAAGAGGUAAGGAAGCAUUCCUCUGUAGGUUUCAGGAAGAGCAUGGCCUUGCAUAUACCUUUAUUUUGGAUUUUUGGCUUUCAGAACUUUGAGACAAUAAAUUUCUGUUGUCUUAUUUUCCAAAGUGUGUGUAUUAGUUUAUACUUCCAUCAGCAUGUAUGGGAGUUCCUAUUGUCUGCACCUUUGUUAACCCUUGAUAUCAUCAAUUAAAGAAAAUUUUAGUCGG